AUGCCGCUUGAUUCACUGUUUACCACUCGAGGCUCCGAAUCUCGACAAACCAAACCCAAAGUGCUCAGGAAACCACUCUUUCCUCUCCCACGAUCCAUUGCCAAUCGCCAGACCAUUUUUCACGCAGGACACAACCCUAGAACACACUCGUAUUCAGGACGACCCCUUUCAGCAACAGAGCGAUUGCACGUUGCCCGUGAGCGUCUUCGAAAGUUCGAGCAGGCACAAGUUAAGAAGCAAAAAAGGACCUGGCACAUUUUGAUUAGCAGUGCUGCCGGUGUGACUGGUGCUGUAACGAGUUGCAUCAUCCCGGCCCCAGCCCCAGGUGCACGCCAGUACUACAAGCCAAGACCGAAGGACCCACGAGAACCUGGUGAGCAAAGAAGAGCUAUCAAGAAACAAAGGAAACAGAAGGAAGUGCGCGCCAGACUCAGAGCCAAAAAGAAGGCUGAUCUGAAGGUACAGCAGAGCAUAUUGCGCAUGAGAAUGAGAGAGCUCAAGAACAGACUUCGGCUUUGCUAG